GGUGUUUUUUCUGUGAUUUUCUUGAUUCCUGACGGUUAUACCACGGUGAAGGCAAUUUGCUCAGGCUCUGUUGGAGCAUCAGGAAGGGUUUCCCAAGCGUCCUUAAUAAGAUAACCUUUCGCGAAUUGGAACUGUGGAUAAUAGAAAAUUAUACACGGGUUUAACAAAUGGAGAUGUUGGUGGGCAUAAAGCACAUCUUCUGGUUUGUCUCUCUUUGCAGCGCUGUAACACACGAGGACUCACUCCAGUGGAUGAGAGUAGAGAAGAGUCCUCCAGUAUGGGGUUUUCUGGCAGAAAAGGUGGUUCUGCCGUGCCAUUUUUCCACACUAUCAACAUCAGUGCCUUUGCCCAAUUCUGCCCUGACCACAACCAUCACUCUAAGUACUACAUCCAAAUCUAUCACUGGCACACCAAUAGACCACCUCCGCAUCAAGUGGACAAAGCUGGAAGGUAACACUGAGGCCACAGUACUGGUGGCUCAGAAUGGGGUCAUUAAAAUUGGGCCAGACUACAGAGGCAGAGUGUCAGUGCCAAGCCACCCAGAGGAUGUAGGGGAUGCUUCUCUGACUGUGGUAAAACUUAGGGCUAGUGAUGCUGGAGUCUACCGCUGUGAGGUCAUGCAUGGCAUUGAAGACACCCAGGACACUGUCAUUUUAGAUGUUUUUGGUGUUGUGUUUCAUUAUCGAGCUAGCACCAGUCGAUACAAUUUCAAUUUUGAAAGAGCCAAACAAGCCUGCAAAGAUGCAGGGGCAACCAUUGCCACGGUAGAGCAGCUGACUGCAGCCUAUGAAGAUGGCUUUGAACAAUGUGAUGCUGGAUGGCUGGCUGACCAAACAGUCAGAUAUCCAAUUACAAGGCCCAGGGAAGGUUGCCAUGGUGAUAAGAUAGGGAAACCAGGCAUUAGAACAUAUGGACGCAGAGAUCCCACAGAAACCUAUGAUGUGUACUGCUAUGUGGACAAACUUAAAGGUGAAGUGUUUUAUCCUCCUAUCAGCACUAAGUUCACUCUUCAGGAAGCUAAAAAGGAAUGUGAGAAAUUCGGAGCAGUUCUGGCCUCUCCUGGACAGCUACAUGCAGCUUGGAGGGAGGGCCUGGAUCGCUGUGACUUUGGCUGGCUUUCAGAUGGCAGUGCACGCUAUCCCAUCUCAGUUCCUAGGAUGCAGUGUGGCAGAGGCUUGCUGGGGGUCCGGACUAUGUAUCGUUUCAUCAACCAAACCGAGUAUCCGUUGCCCACCCAGAAACUUGGAGCCUUCUGUUUUAAAGGACAAGAUCCCACAAUUGACCCCACAGAGAUUCUCCAAACCUCAUUGCCCACAGUCGCCAUUGCUAGUAUGGCUUCCACAACUCAAUUCAUAGACUACGAUGUGGAUAAUUUCAGCCAGAGUAUUAACCAAGUACAUGCAGUGCCUGAUCGAAGAGUGCCUCAUCUCACACAACUGCACCCUCUUCCCACCAUGAAGAGCAUUUCUCCUCAGCUAGACAUCACUGCAGAUAUCAGUUCUACAGAAGCUGGCAUCAGAGGAGAAACAGACAUAUCAGAACGUGUUACACAACAAAUGACUGUGGUCCAAGAGCCCUCUAUCUCUAAGCAAGACACAAACAAGCUAGCUGUAGUGUAUAAAAAACCCAAGGAGGGCUCAACUAAAACGAUAGCAAUAAAAGCUCUAGCUGAUGAAACCACAAUAAGCAUGACAGAAGAAACACUGGUAACUGCAGAGAGUGCCAUCAGGAUAAGAGAAGAGGAGGGCAAGACUGCAAACACUGAAGACUUCAGCACCCAACCAGUGUUUGAAAGUCCACUUUCUGGCACCGAGGGAAAUAGAUCUGCCUCUGCACCUCCUAUUAAUGUCAUUGUAAUUGAUAUGAAUAAUAAUGUGUCAGCUGAUCAUAUUGCAGGGAUAAUUGGAGAAGGAAUUCCCCUUGACUCCAAUCCAGUUCUGACUUUCAUCAAUGGGAAGCAUGAACUAAAUUUGAAAGCAGAGACUGAGGAAACUCUGGAAGCAAGAGGAGAUCAGUUUGAGACAGCAAGCCCAAUAGUAAGUGAGGAGAAGCUGGAAGAGAUAGAAGUAAUUACCUCUUCGGCAGUAGUAACUGAACUCAGUUCUCCAGAAAGCAAUUUGCAUGACACAGUCACAACUUCAGAGAUCCCUCAAAUUCUAACCUCAAAAAUAUUAUUAGAUGAAACAUCAGUUUAUGAUUCAAUCAGCAAAACAUCUACUUUUGAUGAGGGACACCCCAAAGAUGAUGAGUUGCCUUCCCCAGUAGAUUCUGCAUAUAAUGCCCUGCCAAAAACAGCUUCUUACAGUCAAGAGGAGGUGGUUACAGAUGAAUCAGAAAUCCCUGAGUUCAAAUUCCCCACCAAAACACCAUUUAUGGAAUACGCUAUCACUACAAGUCACAGCACUUUUCAUAGAGAGAGGCAGUCAUACCCAGAUGACUAUGAAGGAUCUACAUCAUCAGCUGAGGAUGGGUCAGCACAAUAUCAGUAUUCACUUAAAGGCUCAAAACCAAGCCCACCACCUGCUUUUACUCUUUCAUCCCUUCUCUCCACUGUCUCGUCCAAACCUAUUGAUUCUACACCUCUGAGCCAGACUGUUACAAUGAUUUCUCCCAACACAGAAGGAAAAAUGUUUUCCAUCUCUAAGGAGAAUGCGAUGCCAGGAUGGGUUGAAUCUGAUACUAAAACAGAGGUGGAUGAUGUUAAAGGAACUGAGAUCCCUCUGUCAGUGCCAGAAUCAGAGAUGGUCAAAAGCAUAGUUUUUUCCAUCACUGAAUAUGAAAACCACAGUGAGCAACCGACUGAAACAUUUUCAAGAGAAACAACUGCCCAAUUGCAUUUCAUUCAUCAAAUCGCAGCCAGUGAAAAUACUUUUACAGAUGCUGCAAUACGCAAGCAAUUUGAAGGACACACCCGAAGUGAAACCGUGUCCAAACUUAUCACACAAAGUCCACCUACAACCCCUGUCUCUGAAGAUUACACGUCUGAGGUGACUGUUCUAACAGCCAGUUUUUCUAAAUUCUCCACUGAGCAAGUUCUAAUCUCCACUCCUGAACAUGCGCAGAAACAUGUCAAAGUUGUAACUCACCAUUUUACCACAGAGGAAUCCCUCACCUCACCAGUUCAAGCAACUACUGCCAUGCCAUUUGAGGAGGACCUUGAUGAUACAGGGAGUCUAUCAAUAUUUGCUGUCCCUCCACACAAGAAAGAGGUAACUAAAGUAGAGCCACAUGCAGGGGCUCAUAAUGUAACCACAGUGGUGGAGCACACAGUGGAUUUGCCAGAUUUUACAUUGUGUGCAGUAAAUAUUUGUGCCAAUGGAGGAACAUGUUUCUUUAAUGGUAAAAGCAACAUCUGUCUUUGUGUGCCUGGAUUUACUGGGGAUCACUGUGAAAAUGAUAUUGAUGAAUGUCAGUCCAAUCCUUGUCGUAAUGGGGCCACCUGUAUUGAUGGACUUAAUUCUUUCACUUGUGUUUGUCUACCCAGCUACUCGGGCGCUCUCUGUGAACAAGAUACAGAGACUUGUGACUUUGGCUGGCAUAAGUUUCAGAGCCAUUGUUACAAGUACUUCACUCACAGGCGCACCUGGGAUGCAGCUGAGAGAGAGUGUCGCCUACACGGAGCUCACCUGGCCAGCGUGCUCUCCCAUGAGGAGCAGCUCUUUGUCAAUCGUUUGGGUCAUGACUAUCAGUGGAUCGGAUUAAAUGACAAGAUGUUUGAGAAUGAUUUUCACUGGACAGAUGGCAGUGCCAUGCAAUAUGAGAACUGGAGACAGGGCCAGCCAGACAGCUUCUUCUCCACAGGUGAAGACUGCGUGGUGAUGAUCUGGCAUGAGGCAGGUCAGUGGAAUGAUGUGCCAUGCAACUACCACCUGACUUUCAUCUGCAAAAAAGGCACAGUGGCCUGCAGUCAACCACCCAUUGUGAAGGAUGCACAUAUUUUUGGUAGCAUUAAGCCACGCUAUGAGAUCAAUUCGCUAGUGAGGUAUCACUGUAAAGAUGGCUUUAUCCAGAGACACGUACCCACCAUUAGGUGCAGAACGGACGGCCACUGGGACAAACCCAAAAUCAUAUGCAUACAGUCAUCUACAUACCAGAAGACUUACUCACAAUACUACCAAGCCAAUAACAAGGAACGCUACAAUGGGUGGGUGCAGCAGAACUGGGGCGAAAAAGGGGAACAGACCAGACACUGAUCUCCACUCAAAAUCCCAGGCAGAGGACACACUUUAACAUAGAGCAAUUCUACAGUGUAAAGGGACAAACUGACAAACUUGAAUCAUGUGCCUCUGAAUGUUUUAUUUAAUCCUCAUGAUCUAUAUAAAAAAACAAAUAAACAAGGAAUUGUUUUACAGCAAUGCAGAAAUUACAUCACUGAUAAAGUACACAUGUUAUCUUUGACUAUGCAACACUGCAAUUCUGUAUUAAGUCUUAAAGUUUAUAGUGAAAAGGUGGAGAGUACCUUCAAAAAAGUGGAUAAGAGCAAAUUAAUUGUGACGAUCUGAACCGUAGCUUCUUAGUGUAGAGGUUCAGAUUUUUUGUUCCUUCUAUGCAGUAAAAGGCAUGGAACUACAGUAUGCAUACCAAUAGACCAAGAGUAACAAAACAAAAGGCAGUAUUUGUUCAAAAGGGAAGUCACAAGACUAGAAGAAGACAAUGCUCAAAGGACUGCAACUCAUGACUUCAUCAUCCUCAUCCUCAUCUUCACAACACAGCAGGAACUGCAAGAACCAGUUUGCAGCCUGGCAUCUCUUUUUACUCACAACAGUUCUUUGUUUUCCAUUAACAUAAGUUUUUUUUUUUUAGAAUUAGCAUAAGAUCAAAAUGUGUUUCUGUGGUGAUGCAAACAAAUAUAUGGGAUUGUACAUUUAACCAAAAUUUUCUUUAUGAAUGUUACUGUAGAAGGAUGAAUAGGUGAUGAAAUGAAUCAGCCAUUUUUGUGUUAGACAGUAUUGCGAAUGUUAUAAGCCAUAAAAGUUUAAUUUAUUUCAGAAGAUACAUAUAACGAUGACUGAACUGAGAGAUUUUAAAUAAUAAAAAUACAUUACAAAGAUACA